AUGGGAGAGAAGGCGGUCCCUUCGCUAAGGAGGCGGGUGAAGCGGAGCUGCCCUUCAUGUGGCCCAGAGCUUGGGGGUGAAGAGAAGAAAGGAAGAGGGAACCCUAUUUCUGUUCAGUUGUUCCCCCCAGAGCUGGUGGAACAUAUCAUCUCAUUUCUCCCAGUCAGAGAUGUAGUUGCCCUAGGCCAGACCUGCCACUACUUCCAUGAAGUGUGCGAUGCUGAGGGCGUGUGGAGACGCAUCUGUCGCAAGCUCAGUCCUCGCCUACGAGAGCAGGGUUCUGGAGUCCGUCCCUGGAAGAGAGCUGCCAUUCUUAACUACACGAAAGGCCUGUAUUUCCAGGCAUUUGGGGGCCGCCGCCGCUGUCUCAGCAAGAGUGUAGCCCCUCUGCUAGCCCAUGGCUACCGCCGUUUCUUGCCCACCAAGGAUCACAUCUUUAUUCUUGACUAUGCGGGGACCCUCUUCUUCCUCAAAAAUGCCCUGGUCUCCUCCACUCUUGGCCAGAUCCAGUGGAAGCGAGCCUGCCGCUAUGUCGUUUUGUGUCGAGGAGCCAAGGAUUUUGCCUCCGACCCAAGAUGUGACACAGUUUACCGUAAAUACCUCUAUGUGUUGGCCACUCGGGAGCAGCUGGAGGUGGUAGGCACCACCAGCAGUCGGGCCUGCGACUGUGUUGAGGUCUAUCUGCAGUCUAGUGGGCAGCGGGUCUUCAAAAUGACUUUCCACCACUCCAUGAGCUUCAAACAGAUUGUGCUGGUCGGUCAGGAGACUCAGCGGGCUCUACUGCUCCUCACAGAGGAAGGAAAGAUCUACUCUUUGGUAGUGAAUGAAACCCAGCUAGACCAGCCACGCUCCUACACAGUUCAGCUGGCCCUGAGGAAGGUGUCCCGUUGCCUGCCUCACCUGCGUGUGGCCUGCAUGGCUUCCAACCAGAGCAGUACUCUAUACAUUACGGAUGAGGGGGGAGUGUAUUUUGAGGUGCAUACCCCAGGGGUGUAUCGUGAUCUCUUUGGGACCCUUCAAGCCUUUGACCCCCUGGACCAGCAGAUGCCACUUGCUCUCUCACUGCCUGCCAAGAUCCUAUUCUGUGCUCUUGGCUACAAUCACCUUGGCUUGGUGGAUGAAUUUGGCCGAAUCUUUAUGCAGGGAAAUAACAGAUAUGGGCAGCUGGGAACAGGGGACAAAAUGGACCGAGGGGAACCCACACAGGUCCCUUUGUGUGCCUGCUCCCUCUGCUCUACCAGAGAGUGUCUCUACAUGCUGUCCAGCCACGACAUUGAGCAGCAUCCCGCCUACCGAGAUCUACCAGCCAGCAAGGUGGUGGGGACCCCUGAACCCAAUCCAGGGUCCGGAGUACUCCAGGACCCUGGGGGGACAGCUUGGGCCUGUAAGGAGUACCUCAGCCAGAUCUACAGUUGCUCCACGUUGCAGGACCGCAUGGAAAAGAUGAAGGAGAUCGUGGGCUGGAUGCCCUUGCUGGCUGCACAGAAGGAUUUCUUUUGGGAGGCUCUGGACAUGCUACAGAAGGCUGCUGGAGGGGUUGGACAAGGCCCCCCAACACCUGAGAGCUGACCCCCCUCUCCUAGUCUUACCCCUGGAGGGAGAGUCUGGCUCUGGGCCAAAGGCUAAGGAGAGAUGGAGUGGUAGCAAUGAACACUGUGCCAUGGGAAGGGGGACACAGUGGGGUGGGGACUGCUGGACAUGCCAGGGUGGGGAGGGAACUGUUUUGUAAAAUGUUCGGGGGCUGCCCAGGAGGGGCCUCCAAUCUUACUAUCAUGGACAAAAGAUUUGAUGGACAAAUAGAAUAAAAGGCUGAAGUGAG